AUGCUUGAGAUAGCUUGCUUCAAUGCUACUUCGGCCAUCGCAGCAGCUCAAGCCGGAGCUGAUCGAAUCGAGCUGUGUGCCGACUACGCAGCUGGCGGGGUAACGCCUUCCCUCACCACGCUGCAGGAUGUACGGAAGGAAGUCACGAUCCCGAUCAAUGUUAUGAUCCGGCCACGGGGAGGCAACUUCAACUACUCCGACGAAGAGUUUGAGCUCAUGAAAAAAGAGCUGGAGAUGCUUAAGCCUGUUGCUAGCGGCUUCGUGUUUGGCAUCUUGGACGCCAAUCAACUUGUAGACGAGGCUCGUACCCGCGAGCUGGUCGAGAUUUCUGCUCCGCUUCCUUGCACGUUUCAUCGUGCAAUCGACGAAACAGGCGAUUUAGAGAGAGCCGUGGAGACCGUUGCAAAAUGCGGUUUCAAGAGCAUCUUGACAAGUGGCGGAGAGAAGACCGCGCAGGAAGGGACUGGUGUUCUCCGUUACUUGCAAGAGGUGUGCCGUCCAAAAGUCUCAUUGAUUGCUGGCGGUGGGGUCAGAAGUACCAACGUUGAACAUCUCAAGAGGAGGACCAAAAUAGAAUGGUUUCACUCCGCGGCCAUCACAAUGCCUGGAGAAGAUGCUGACGCCGAGGAAGUGAGAAAGAUAAAGGAUGUGUUGUCGAAAUUCAAUUGA